ACAAAAUUGCCUCUAUGACAUGCCUCUUUAUUACGACGGGGACACACAAUUUCAGAACGCUCGAUUUCAGAACCUUGGACAAUUCCGAUGUUCACAACCAUAACAGCCUUGAACUCAAAGCACCUGGACAACCCGUCUUUACCUUUAAAUUAACGAAGAAAAUAUUGAAUUAUCUUUACAAUUUUUUCACAUAUCAACUUGAAAUCAGCACUAUUGACCAUGGGAUCCGCAAUGUCUAUCUCACUCCGCGAGAAGGCAGUCCACUUCAAAGAUGGGCCGGACACGGUGGGCCACUUCUUUGAAGUCCAGACCCGUAAGAGCGGCAAAGACAAGACCCUGAAGCGCUACUCGCCAUGGAGGCGGAUUGUGAAGAAGAAGGGCUCCAAGAAGGUGCAGGCCCACGAGAACACCAACCAAAACAACAUCGCCCAUCUGAGUAACGAGAACCUGGAGAAGUCUCAGUCCUCCUCCAACUUGUCCACCCUCACCCUGGAGAAGUCUCAAUCCUGUGACAAGCUGUCCACCCAGUACCAGAGCACUCCAGCCAUCGCCAACAGCUCCAACAACGCCGCCUCGUCGGUCGAGAAGGCCCCCUUGACCAACUCCAACACGGCCCCCGACACGCUCCAGACGGUGAUCGUCCAGGACCUCGACACGCCCAAGAGGCCGGUGAUGGUCCACGCUACAACCGGCGAGCUGCUGCGCUGCCUGGGUGAGUUCCUGUGCCGGCGCUGCUACCUGAUCCAGGACAUGUCUUCCAUGGACCCGGAGCUGUGGCUGCGGGUGGUUGACCGUUAUCUGCUGGACAACCGCUAUCAGAACCAGAGCUGCAUCAACCCGGCCAUGGUGGUCUUCCUCUACAUGCUGUGCCGCGAGGCGGUCUCCUCCGAGGUGGCCACCUUGCAUGAGCUGCAUGCCGUGCUGCUUACUUGCCUCUACACGACCUGCUCCUACAUGGGCAACCAGAUCUCCUACCCCCUGAGACCCUUCCUGGUGGAGACCUGCAGGCAGACCUUCUGGAUCCGCUGCAUGUCCAUCACCAAGCUGAUGAGUGGUAAGAUGCUCCAGAUGAACACAGACCCUAACUUCUUCUCCCAGAUGUUUGCUGACCUGAAGAACGAGAGCCAGAAGGAGGAGAAGAAGAGCCGCCUGCUCAGCGGUGUGUACAGCACUCAGUGAGGGACCUAGGGUAGAGGG